GCGUUUCUCCUCCUUGCCGACGCGUUCUCCUCUGGCUAUGGACUACGCUCGGCGCACGACCAUGCAACCACACGGCGACCCAUACGCCAACGCGCGUUCAAACCUCCCUGUACCUUCCACAGUCAAGAAGAGCACCCAUGGCCAUGGUCGCAUGUCUCUCGCUGGACCCGCUAUGCGCGCGCCAUAUCCUAUACCACCUGGAACCAACCCAAGACAGUCUCUCAUGCGUUCUCAGAACGUCAAUCCGCUUCUGCAGAGCGCGAGCAAGCCGCAGAACUUCGGGCGUACACCUAUGCGCAGUACGAACCGAAGGGGGUCUAUGUGGCAGGGCGGGAGCCAAGGUUCCGCGCCUCCAUCUAGUCAAUCGUAUGCAAAGGACAUACGACCUCUCCGAGACCGGUCGUUCCAGGCCAAGAUGCGCCAGGACGUUGGGCAGUUCCUCAUGGGGACCGGCUUCGAGGUCGCGCCGCAAAUGUUACAGAACAUCACCGGCAAGGAUUUCCGAGCCGUUUUUCAGCAUCUCAUCGAGUGUUUGGAUCCUAUUUGGUCGUUCAAGUCCGAGCAGCGUUUUGAAGAACAGUUCAUGCAGGCCUUGAGGGCCAUGAAGUACCCUUACAUUGGCCAGAUAGAUCUCAAGUGGCUACCCACCCCCGCUGCGAUGCAUUCUUGGCCAUCACUGCUAGGCAUGCUGCAUUGGUUGGUAGAGCUUUGUAGGGCCCGCGAGCACUACAUGAAUAGCGGACAUCCUACACUGCAGGAGCCGACAUUGAUACCAGACGAGUUCGACGACAUCAGCCACCAUUUGGCCCUUGCUUUUGACCAUCAUGCUGGCGCAUAUGUGGACUUUCUCCAAGGGCAAGACUCAUUCCCUGAGCAAGAAAAGGUGCUGGAGGAUCGCUACGCGAGGAAGGAUGCCAGAGUCCUGGCAGACCUGGAGCAACUGCGGGAGAGGCUAACUGAAAUCCAAGCCGAGUGGGAACACCUCAAGAAGUCGGCGCCGCCGUUCGAGGAGCUCAAGAAAGAUAACGGGUCGCUACGACGAGACAAGUUAAAGUUCGAGGAAAUCCUGCGACGCUUCGAAGAGCGGAAGCAAAAGUGGAUGCGCCUCGUGCAGGACGAGAAGACCGAGCUCGAAUACAACAUCGCGAGCCUGGAGAAGAUGCAUGCGGAGGAUCAGCGGCUCGCGGAUAUCGUCAAGGUUCAGAACCUGUCACCGGAGGAAGUCCUACGUAUGAACUCUGAGCACGAGAGUCUCUCACGCGAGCUCGAGUCGCUGAAGCACAAGAUCGCGGAGACGUCGCAGGUGGUCGUCCGCCUCGAGGUAUCGCUCACCCGCAAGGUAUCGGACGCGGAGGAGGCGCUGGACCAGUACACUUCCCUUCUAUCCACGCUCGGGCUCUUCCCCCCAUUGGCUCCGCCACUCGAGGAUGUUGACCUCACGAUCGACCUGCACUCCGCGGCGUCAAACCCUCAAGGGCUUCUCAGUGGCGCUGACAUCCGCAAAGUCGUCAAGCCGACUCUCAGCCGCAUAACCGAGAUGAAACGCACCGCCCAUGCGGAGAUCGAAAGCGAGCGGAUUCGCGUCGACGAUGAGCUGGACCAGCUUACGUUGGAGUGCGAGACCAUCGAGGAGGAGGCGCUGGAGGUCAUGAACAAGACAAACGCGCUGAACGACCAGGCCGACGAGCUCCGUGAGGCCGCGCAGCAGGAGGGCCUCGUCAGCAAUGCUGAGGCAUCGCGCCUCGAGCGGGACCUGGCCGCUGCGCGUACGGCGGCGAUGGCCAACGGCGUGGGCGUGAAGUCUCGGCUACAGGCCUUGCAGAUCGCGUAUCGCGAACAGGUCGAGAAAGUGAACCGGCUGAAGGAGGACACGGUGCGGGCCGUGAUCAAGAACAGCAGCGAGGUUGUCGCGUUCAAGGACGAGGUGUCGAAGCAGCUCCAGUACCUCAGGGACUUUGCCGAGGCGAAUUAGCGGGGAGCGGCGCCGCGAGUCGCUGCAUUUGCCGGACCUGGCAAGCCCAUACCCUGCGCCUUCGCUCCUCUGCCCGCGAUGGCCGCGCGCUCCACGAUCUAUCCUUAUGCGUCUGUUCUGUACUGGUACGCCAUUGUCGCUUUGGUGCUUCAUC